GAGAUGACCAAAGCUGCUCUGACUGAAUCAAGGGAUAUCCAUAAAUGUUUAUGAAUGAGGCGGCCAAUCACUGCGCCGCGACGGACAAACACACGCAACGAUGCUUUGGUGGCUUUGUACUCGUUCGUCAACGCUUACGCGCACCGCCGCCGUCAAGCGGGAGGAGAGGAGCAAGUCGCGGGGGCAGGGCAGCCAAUCAGCGGGCUGCUCUCUCUCCAGCAUCCCGUGGGGGGGGGAGAUCCGAUACCGAGCCGUCAUCGCUAGACUGGAGCGACAGCAGAGAGGAGAGACGCACCGAGGCGCUUCUUUACCAUGAUUUUGAACUGACAAGGAGCACAAAGAAAAAACACAAGUCAGCUCAUCCGCGCACUGCACAGAAGGAAGCUAAUUCCUGCACAAGCAUGGCAGACCACAAAGACAGAUUAGAAGACUUUAAAGUCCACACGCCCAAGAAUACCACCAUCAGCUCGGCCCAACUACGGCCGCACAAUGAACACUCACGGGACCGCGCCUCCAAGAGGCUCUCCACUGACUCUAACGGAACCAGUGAUGGGGGCGUGGGCUCAUCCACCCCGGUGGAGUUGACCGCCUUGGAGGAGUCGUUCCGGCGCUUCGCCAUCCACGGCGACACGCGCGCCACCGGCAAGGACAUGCACGGGAAGAACUGGUCCAAGCUCUGCAAGGACUGCGGCGUGAUAGACGGCAAGAUCAUCACCCUCACCGACGUCGACAUCGUCUUCUCCAAAGUCAAGAAGAAAUCCUGUCGCACCAUCACGUAUGACGAGUUCAAGACUGCGCUGGGAGAGCUCGCCAGGAAGAAGUACAAGGAGAAGACAGGAGAGGAGGCCGAGGCCGAGGUAUUCAAGAUGAUUGAGGGGAAGGCGCCUGUGAUCUCCGGGGUCACGAGAGCCGUGGCUUCCCCGACUGUGAACCGACUGACGGACACCACCAAGUUCACGGGGUCGCACAAGGAGCGCUUCGACGACACGGGGCGCGGGAAGGGGAAGGCGGGACGAGUGGACCUGGUCGACACGUCGGGGUACGUCUCGGGUUACAAGCACCGAGGGUCCUACGAAAAGAAGGUCACCAAGCCCCCCGUUUCCAAACCCAUGUGAGGGGCGGAGAGAAACGCGGAUAGACAGCUGGGAUCGCUUUCUUUACGAGGAGUACUAAAAAAAAAAAAACCCAACAAAAAAAUUUUAAAAAAAAAGACAUAAAAGGUUGUCAUAUAUUUUCCCACCCAGCUAUUUUGUGUGGUUGAGAGAAAGUUCCUCUUUUUGUAAGUGUGUGAGAACUGGAAAACUGUUUACAUCUAUUUUUACAAAAACUUCACCAGCUGGUACAUUCCUGUCUAAUAAGCGAGUUACUGCCAAUGUUGACGAUGAUAACGAUGAAGCUUUUUUGUUUUGAUCAGGCCAUAAAAUAGCACAAAGAACAACGAAAGCCAAGAAAAAACAAAAGUUACAAGGGUUGAAGAUUAGAACAUUGCACUGUUUUUCUUUGCUGAAAACCUAAAAGAUUCUAAUUGGCGCAGUGUUACAGAAAAACACAUGUGAGAUUUUUUUGUUUUUCCUUUUUUUUUGGGGGGGGGGGGUCUGUCACUUGUCUACUAUCCUCACUUGCCAAUGGACCUUACCGACUGGCGAUAUUAAGCUCCGCCCCUCCUUAGCUACAGUUGCCAUGUCCCUCAAGCUUCCAAAAUGGCGACUGAACAAAACAGGUUUGAAGUCGAUUCUCUAACGCGUGUUCCUGAUGAUAUUGUGGUAUGUUUUUUGCCAAAUGGGUCAGACUCGUCCAAGAGAGUUCUACGGAGAGGUCUUGACUAUUUCAUGCAAGGAUAUGUACACAGAAUUAAGAUUUUUGGACGGAGCGGGACGCAAUGUCAGAGUUGUGGCGAAAUGUUGGCGAUCGAUGCAAAAAAAAAAAAAAAGUUUUGACGCCUCACAAACUUCAUAUUGAAAUCCAACAGGAUAAAAUGGUGGGAUCGUACUGCGCACGUAAACCAGGGGUGAGUACUUUUUACUUGGAAAGGACACGAGUCAUAACAUUGUAGUUUUUGUCAACUGUGUUUUAGACUCUGGAAAAUGAAUCAACCGGGCCUCGUGUAACCUAGCAGGAUAUUUUUCAUUAGAAUUGCACGUUCCCAAGCGCAUCUGAGGGCCAUCUUCUUGAUAUUAACUUGUCCAAGUCCACGCUACUGACCACCAGCAUUGCUUGUGGGACAACAUGGCGACAGGGGCGUGUUAAGCUAAUGCGGCUAUCUGAUUGGCUACUAUUGUACGUGUGAUUGACAGGUUGGAAAGGUCCAUUGUCUAUAAACUCUGCUGUUCAUAUUCAUUUUACAGUAUCUGUCAUUUUUUUUGAUAUUGCUUCACUCCAACCAAGUAAAUUCAAUGCAAAUGCCCUCACCUUAUAAUAAAAUCCUAAUUUGUGAAUUCUGCAGGAGGAA